AUGUUGGGUGAGCAUUUGAAUAGUGAAGAAUCACGUGGCCUUUUAUUGGCUAUUGACAAGAUGCGCGAAAUCUUACAUGGAGAAAAAAUUACACUUCCAGAAAUUGUAGUUGUUGGUGAUCAAUCUGUGGGGAAAUCAUCUGUAUUGGAAGCUAUAUCUGGUAUUCAAUUGCCUCGUGCGCAAAAUAUUUGUACUCGGUGUCCACUUGAAUUAAGAAUGAAAACAGCUCACGAUAAGGAAUAUGCAACAAUACGUAGUGGUGUUAGUUGCACAACUGAUAAGCUUAUUGAUGAUUUGUCAAAGAUUGCCGAUGAAGUUACUCGAUUAACAUCAGAAAUUGCUGGCAAAGGAGCUAAUGUCAGCCCGGAUCCUAUUUAUUUGACUGUGUUCAAACGCGAUAUUCUAUACGACUUAACUCUUAUCGAUCUUCCCGGUAUCACACGAAAUCCAUUACCAGGCCAAGCAGAAAAUAUUCAUGAACAGAUUCUGCAGUUAAUCAACAAAUACAUUGAACCACCCACUGCAAUUGUUUUACACGUCAUACCAGCUUCAGUCGAUUUUACCACGUCGGAAUCCAUGAAACUUGCCAAGGUAUUCGAUCCAACAUGUCAACGGCAGCUGAUUGCCGCUUCCAAAAUUGACAAAUAUGAUAAGGGCAUUGCAGAAAAAUUACAGGGCCGUGGUUUAGGCUCCAUGGAACUUCAAUUAGGCUGCGUUGCUGUUCUCAAUCGAAAUCAACACGAAAUCGAUGAUAAUGUUUCAUUCGAUGACAUGAAACAACGCGAGAAGGAAUUUUUUAGACAUCAUAAAGACGCAUUUCAGCACCUUCCCGAAGAGUUUAAAGGUAGCGAACAAUUGGUUCGACGUCUUGCUACCAUUCAACAAGAACGUAUCCGUUCUACAUUUCCAGAUAUCAUCAAGGAAUUAAGAAAACAACUUACCGAGAAAAAAGCUCAACUGAAGAAGAUUCCGCUUUCUAUGAAUACAGAACACGAAUGCUGGACAAGUUUUCAAUCGAUGAUCAACGCCUAUCGAGAAAGUAUUCACGAUAAAGUCAAAGGCGAAUACGGUCAAGUUUCGUCGAUUGAAAUCACCAGUUUACCUACCACAUGUACAGAUUUGGAAGAUGAAUCCAGCAUUGAUAUCGAUCCAGAUAUUGCAACAGAUGAGCCGGAAGAAGAGUUAGAAAUAACUGGCGAGUCCAAAAAAGACCACAUUGCCUACCAUAUUUACCAAUUGCAGCGCACAUUUCAAAAGGAAUGUCAAAAUAGUUUUACGAAUUUUUUUUCACGCCAAUACUAUAAAAUUAUUCUUCGUGAAAUUGAUCAAACAGCUGGUGUUUCUCUGCCAAAUUUUCCUAGCUAUCAAAUUGUUGUAGGACUCUUUCGAAAUGAACUGAACAAGCUGCCGGGUUGUUGCGACAAGUUGGUUGCCGAGAUACAUCAGUAUAUGUCGGAAUGUUUACUACGAUUAUUUGAGCAUGCAUUCAUUAAUGAUUUUCCUCGUCUUAAAGAACGACUGAAAGAAGUUAUAAUCAAGCAGUUAAAUGAAGUUAAAGAUACUUUAUUGGAACGUGUCCAAGAAAUACUCGGAACGGAACACCAUGUAUUUACACUCAAUCAUUAUUAUAUGGACACCGUAAAUAAGCUGAAAGAAAAGGUGAAAGACAAAAGUAAUGACCAAAAAGGAUCAAGCUCAGCAAAAUCUUGGGCAUCAACAGUCGUUACGAAUUCAACUGAGGCAGUUACAUAUGCCCCUAUGUCAAAUGAAGCUCAAGCAGCCGUAGGAAUUCAAAUUGCUUUACAUGCUUAUUCAAAGGUGGUGCAAAAGCGUUUAACUGACAACAUCGCACAAACAUGUUAUUAUCAUUUUAUUACACAGUGUGCACUAAAAAUCGAUCAACUCUUGAGCGCAUCAAUACCUUCAUCGCAACUCCUGCAGUAUAUGCGUGAACCACACAGGCAAACUACUCUGCGCAACAAGCUGACAUGUAGUAUUCAAGCCUGUGAACACGCUUUACAACUUGGCCUAGAACAUAUGUAA